CUGGUCCCCUAGCUGCGGAGAGCGCGCGACGGACUUAGGGACGUCUCGUCAACGGAAGGCGCUAGGAUGCCAGCCAUGUUGCCAUAUGGGCAGAUGGAGGAGUUGCUCAAGGCGACCCAGGAGGAGUUCAGAAACCUCCUGGCGCUCGCGGAGGAGCAGCGCUUGAUCUGGGCCGCGGAGGUCAUGCAGGCAAGCCAGCGGCUGACUGCCAUGCAAGGGGACAACUUCUCCGAAGAUGGCAGUUGCACGGAGAGCACCGUGGGGCGGGACGACACCUUGCGCACCAUGAGCCCCACGCGGAAGCCCAACUUGAUGGCCGCCGCCGGCGUGGAGCCCCGCCCGGAGCCGGACGCGAAGUCGGAGUCGGAGCCGGCCAGGGAGGCAUUGGCCACGCGGGCGCGCUCCAAUGAGCGCCCCGCGCGGGCGAUGGCAGUGCCCUCGAAGGACAGCGCGCGGGCAGCGCCCAAGUACCCCGAGCGGUCCGAGCCUGUGGUGCGGUCCGAGCGCGUGGAGCGGCCCGAGCGUGUGGAGCGCCUUGAGCGUGUAGAGCGGCCCGAGAGUAUGGAGCGGCCCGAGCGUGUGGAGCUGGCGCCGAGUGGGCGAAAGGAGGAGAAGAAGCCUUCGAAGGAGAAGGACGAUGACGUCCACUCCCGAGACUCGCACAUCUCCAAGGCGGACUCGGACGCCGCCAGCGUCCAGAGCGGCAGCAGCGCCGGCAGCGACGCCAGCGACGCCAGCGGCGUGUCGAAUGGGACGGACACCUCGGAGGUGUCGCAGACGGGAAAGAAGAGGAAAAAGAGCAGAGGCGGGCAGAAGACCAAGAGGGACAGUAAGGACACCAUGGGCUUUCUGUUGGACGACGAGAAGCCGCCGAAGCCGAGCAACAACACCUGGGAGUCAGUAGUGGCCAAGGGUACCAAGUACAUGGACCACGUGGCAGGCGCACUUGUGCUGAUGAACUCGAUUUCCAUGAUGCUGCAGCUUGAGAUGGAAGGAAGGACCAUUGCGGCCAAGCUAGGCGUGCUGGAGGCCGAGAACUUCUCUGAGGCCUUGCCUGUUUUUGCCGUCAUCGACGCCAUCUUUGUGUGGAUUUUCCUUGCGGAGCUGUUAAUACGGCUCUGCGUGGAGCGUCGGCGCUUCCCCAUGGAUAUCGCCAACUGGCUAGACACUGUGCUGGUGGCCGGGGGCCUGGUAGAUUUGCUGCUCUCCAUGGGGGGCGAGGGCCAGCAAGACAUGGUGACCUUGCGCUUCGUGUCGGCCCUGAAGGCCUUCCGAGCCAUCCGCAUGGUGCGGAGCUUCCGGUUCUCCCCCGGCCUGCGGAUGCUCGUGAAGGCCUGUCAAUGUUGCCUACCCUCCUUGUGCUGGUCAAUGCUGCUGCUGGCGGUUUUUAUGUGCAUGGGCGCUUUGAUCAUGGGCAAUCUGCUUCAAGACUUCAUCAAAGAUGAGACCCAAGCUUUUGAAGACAGAGAGUGGGUCUGGAUGCAUUACGGCACUACUUACCGAGCCUUGUAUACCCUUUACGAGAUCACUUUCGCAGGCAACUGGCCGACCAACGCACGGCCGGUGCUCAACAAGGUGAGCCAGACAUUUGUCAUCUUCUACCUGCUGUACGUGACGAUCAUCGUGUUCGCAGUGAUCCGUGUGAUUUCGGCGAUUUUCCUCAAAGACACCUUGGACGAGGCGAACAAUGAUGCCCAACAACUGGUGCUGGACAGGCUCCGCAAGAAGGCGGAGUACGUGGCUCGCCUCGAGAACAUCUUCCACUCCAUCGAUAGCACCGGAGAGGGCGUGCUCACGGAAGCCCGCCUCACCGAGAUCUUGGCCAACGCGAAGGUUAAAGCCUACUUCCAGACUUUGGAGCUCGACGUGCAAGAGGGUGCUGCGCUCUUCCAUCUUUUGGAUACCGGCGAUGGCGAGGUGACCUUGGAGGAGUUCAUCUCAGGGAUCAUGCGCUGCAAGGGUCCAGCCAAAGCCAUCGACACAUUUGCACUGCAGCGGGACCUCGGCAAGUUGGACAGCAAGGUGGCCAAGCUGGUGCGCCACAUGGAGGAUCCGACGGCACUGCUUUCAGCGGUGAAGGGACCUCGGUUGAGCCAUCAAGCGAUCCGCAACUCGGUCAACAUGCAGAAUUUCAGCCCCGCGCUGAACCCUUUAGGCUCGGCCGGGCUCAUGUUCCUCUCCUCGAAUGGCGCUCGGCGCUCCGUCACGAACACCGCGGAGUCUUCCACGCCACUGCCCGGUGGCAGUGGCACUCCAGAGCUGGCAGUGGUAAACCGGAAGAAAUGCCGGCAGCAGAGCGUAUGACGGUCAAAAUAUGCUCAUACCGACU